AUGUCACAGGAUCCCUCCAGCUUUGGCAAUUGCGACCGGGGCUUGAUGACCAUAUGUAAACUAAAGCAUGACGACUUCCAAAUGGCUGUUCGUGCCAUUACAAAGUGGAACAACUGUGAUUUCCCCAAUAUCGCCACGUACCAAGAGAGAGGUCAACUCAGCAGAACGCGACUGAACGAACUGUGCCGGCGCUACAAUCACGACCUGGACUCGAUCGCCCAAGCUUUCAAACGUAGCUUGGUAGAAAACGAUUUUCAAUACAUCAGUCCACGGGGAGAUAUGGUCGCUACUCACCGAUUAGUGCAAGCUCAUGCUGUAGGGAAUGCAGAGCGUAAAUCAGCAGAAGACCGCAAUCACGAUUCUCAACUGAAAAAGAAACAGCGCAAACGUUUUCCCACUGGAGAGGAAGCAGGCAUGGAACUGGGAGCAAACGAUGCCCCGCAGACGUCACCAAAGUUACAGCUGUUGCCCGAGAAACUUUCUUCAGCUAGCCCUGGGAAUUUUCCUGGGAUACCGUACGAGACCAAUAUCAGUAUUCUGAAGUCGCUCCUAGCCAAACACCCGGGACAUCAGUCGCCGUUGUCGGCACCACACCCACCACUACAUCUGCAUAAGCAGCCGCGCAAGUCAGCUGCAACAAUUGCCACCCAAACGGAUGACCACGUUGACGAGGCUCGGAAAUCUGUUACGGCAGUUGGCACCCAGAUGGAUAACCCGACUCUCCAGACUGUGGGAACCAUGACACAGUAA